GAAAAUGAUACAUUCAAAUGGAAAGAGUAUGGGUAACGCGUUGAGAAUUCUCUGCCUUCUCACUAGAAUUAUUCGCACCCCUGGGAACGGAUAUUUUUUGGUUGCGCGUUGACCUCUUAGCUCUCUCACCAACGUUUCCACCGAUUGAUCUUUGACUUUCUUUCACUCCAUUGCUCGAAAUUCAUUUAUCUUCCAUCCAUCGAUUGAUUUUGGAAAGCUUGGAUUUCGGAGAAGCUCGUUCUUUUGUUCUGAGGUUCAAGCUAGCAGAUACACCAUUCACACUAGAUUUGGAAUCGGACCCCUGAGCUUCCGUCUGACGAUUGGCUGUUAAGGUAGAAGGUGGUUUGGGGGUCGCCGUCCCCUGGCGCACCUCCCGCACCCGGUCUCCGGCCACCCAGACGCCGUCGUACCUGAGAUGCUAUAUUUGCGUUAGCAAGGUGAACUGUUCGCUGAGCUGAUCUGCUUGGAUUUCGGAUUUCUUUCUCAUUUGACGGUUAUUUCGAACUCUGAAGCCAUUACUGAACUCAUCUAGCUGAAACGAAGCUAAGGCCAUCACUCUUGCUUCCAAUAGUCCAGGUUUCUGUUUAUACCCAAUUUCUUGGACUAUGUUCAUUUGUGCGCAGAUUUGAAUUACACAUACCCUCGUUAUUUUGGGUUUGGAUUCUAAUUUGGAAUAUACUACUGUGGUCAAAAUUCCCUGGGCUUUAACUUCCUGGGAAUUCUGAGCAUCUGUGUAUUCUACGUGCACUGUUCAUCUCCUCUAGGAAUUGGGGUUUUUGAUCACUACAGAUUUUCUUGAAUUACCAGUACUUGUUUGAUCAUCUUGUCUGUGCUAUAUAUUGUUAUCUGUCUAUAUUGUGAGGUUUUCUGUACUCGGUGCCUCCCUAUUGAUCAGACUAACAUUUCAGGUUAUUAACCAGACGAGUGCAGUGCUUCUUUUUAUUGCUUUAGGCAGUUCAUACUUGUUGUUGCUCAUACUAACUAUGCAGGCGGCUAACCUGAACUAAGGGAAUUUCCCCUUAAGUUUUAUCUCUGGUUUUUUUCUUUAGUUACUCUCCAUGACAAAGAAAAAUAAGCAGCAGAGGACCCCUCCUGCAAAGGACAAACUGUUUGAGGAAAAAAUAAAGUAUCUCAAUGAAAAGAAAGCUGCCAAAGUCGCAAUUCAAGCUGAGAAGAUGAUAAAGAAAGGAAUAUUCAAGGAGGUUUUACCUAUUGAUGCUCCUGUUUUUUCUUCUAACUCCACUGAGGCUACUGAGAUGCUGGAAGUAGAAACUAAUAUUGAGGUGUCAACUGGGGAUGCUGGACUGACUACUAGCAAUGUGGAGCUUACUGUACAGGAUAAGGAAGAGGUUCCUCCUCCUAUAACUGUGAUGCCAGAUGACUUGAAUAAGGAUGGAGCCUCUUCUCUUAAAGCUGCGGCCUCAUCUAAACCGCAUGGACAUGAUAGUAUUGAUGCUGCACCAACAACACCUGUGAUCCCUCCAACUAAAGCAGCUUCUCAGGGGUCGGGAGUAGUAGGUUCUUAUGCGGAGGCUGUACGGGGAUUUGGCUCUGGGUCUUCAAUUGCUGUACCACAUCGGGAACUCUCACUUGACAUGAUUCCUAUCAACAACGGGGCCAGAUCCGAUGAAACUGAUGGAAACAGUCAUGUAGAACCGGAGGGAUCAAUCUCACUAGGCUCCCAGGACACAGUCCCUAUCAUAACAAAUAAAGAACACGGGAAGACUGAUAAAGUGCCAAAACAAUGGAGUGCCCUGUUCCGGGACAACCGAGCACCUAAUAGUGGCUUAAAACUGGAAUAUUUUCCUCCCACGGGGGAAAAACUUGACUUCUCACAUCUUGAGGUACCUUCACUUGUUGAAAUUUGGGGUCAUUGCUUAGUCGGUUACUUUACAGGAAGGUUCCCGGGCUUGAAAGCUAUUCAUGACAUGACUGCUAAAUGGAAAGUUGAGGUUCAUGUUAAAUCACAUAGCAAAGGAUGGGUAAUUUUUAAAUUCAAGAGUGAGGAGGAUCGAUUACAUGUAUUGGCCGAGGGACCUUAUGUUCUUUUCGGUAAGACUAUGUAUCUAAAAGAACUCUCGGAUGACUUCUCAACGGAUGAUGAAGAAUUCUUAAAAUUACCUAUUUGGGUGAAAUUCCCCAAAUUAUCUAUGAGGCUUUGGAAGGCCAAGGAAAUUGGCAUGAUAGCGUCACAAGUGGGAAUUCCCAUCACAACAGACAAGGUUACCCAAGAUGCGGUUUAUACACAUUUUGCACGUGUUCUCAUUGAGGUUGAUGUUUCUAAACCCCCGGUGCUACAAUUCCCUAUUAUUCCACCCUCGGGUAAAGAAUACAUGCAACAAGUAAUUUAUGAGACUUUUCCGGAAUAUUGUUUCCAUUGUAAAAAAUAUGGUCACCACCCCUUCACCUGCUUGAUUCUUAAUCCUCCUAAGGAAAAGGUUAUGGGGCUGCUUACUGCCAAGGAAAAAGGGAAGGGGGCUGCCACCCCUUCUCCGGAUAUUCAUGAUGCUAACGAACCUCCUUUUAUUAUGGUGAACCGAAAUAACAAGAAGGGAAUCUUUGUGCGUAAGGGACUGCUUACAAAUGUUGGUGCUUCAACCUCACAGCCUAUUGCACCGAAUCCCCAACCUAAUGAAAAAGACCCUGCUGCUGCCAUAUCUACUGCCAGUGGGUCUUUUUCUCUUGCUGAAACUAUGGAGGAGGCUGUGCUCUCUAUUGAGUAUGAUCCUAUCUUUGAAUGGGAGGGGCGGAUGGUUAAGAGUGUGCACGAGUUAGAAUCGGACGACAUCAUCAACAAAUUUGUCACCAAGGAAGAUGGGGCCCACAUAGCAUUUGUAAAAAAACGCCACCAAAUUAAAAGCUAUGUUCCGGUCUCCAGGCUAAAAAAGAAUUUUCAAAGGGAAACUAAUCUUGAAGCUCCUGCCAUGGUGUUCACUGACCCUUGUUUGGUUGCGCUCCCGGGAGUUAGACGAACGCGAACAUGGUAUAAUUUUAAUAAAAGUAUUUUUACUCCUAAUGUUGCAAGCUUCUUUGAUGUGCAGGCCCGACAUAAUGUGGUUUUCUUGCAAAGAAAGCAACUUUCGGCAAUUGAGUGCUCGUCCAACCUGGAUGCAAAUGGAUAUGUUUCUACUUGCAAUCCUACUGGAUCGAAGGUUCUUUCACAGGCCACUCACCCUACUGCCAGACCCUCGGCCAAACCCACUACCAAAGACAAAGCUCAACAUCCUAUUACUUUGGUAGCAUCAACCAGUCAACCCACGCCCUUUGAAGAAUCAAGAGGUGACCAAGCAAUCAAUGGGGGUAAAGGAUACUUGGUCACCAAUAUGUAUGAGAUGGGCUAUGAUGAUGUUAUCACAUCGUUUACUGUGAAUGAGGAAGGUAAAACAGUUGCCUAUGCGUGGGAAACGGACCAAAUACCAAAAGGUGUGAAUAUUGUAAAGUUGGGGCCGAAACUAGAUCCCAACCCUUGUGAUGAUACAGGGGUUAACUUUACAGAAGAUCUUCUCCUAAGCUGUCCGGAGGUCAAGAGAAACGGUGAGUGGUAUGACUUCGAUAAACCGGCUUUUACUCAUCGUGUUUUAUCUUUCUUUGACCCUAACCAAGACAGGAACAAGAAGUAUUUGAAAGAAAUGAGAAAAAGAGCUAGGAAACAAAUGAAGGAAAAAGGGGGAAUAGACCCCGAGGAUGAAGCUUACUCCUCCGAUCUAUACCUUUCUUAAGCUGAGUGAGGUUUGAUUCGGUUUUCCUUUUAUUUUUGUUAUGAUUAAGGUUGCUUCGUGGAAUGUUAGAGGGUUAAAUAAAUCCUCUAAGCAUAAUAUAGUUAGGAAUUUUAUUAAAUUAAAUAAGAUUUCUUUGUGUGGCUUUUUGGAAACAAAAAUGACUAAGGAGAACAUUGCUAAUUAUGUCUCUAAUAAAUGGCCUGGCUGGCUAUUUGAAACUAAUAUUGAUCUUAUUGUUGGUGGCCGAAUGGUGGUUAUGUGGAAUCCGGAUAUCAUAUCUUGUGUGGUGCGUGAGGUUAAUAGGCAACAUAUACAUGUCGAGUGUAUGUGUCGUAUUACACAAACCACCUUUUUGGUCACUUUUGUUUAUCCGCUCUAUACUGUUUUGGAGCGCAAAUCUUUAUGGGAAUAUCUUGCUAAUUUAGGGUGCCGGUUUACAGAACCGUGGUUAGUUAUAGGUGAUUUUAAUUGUGUCUGCGCUCCAAAUGAGAGGUUGGGGUCUAACCCGCCCACGGCCUACAUGAUGCAAGACUUGAUUGAUUUCAAGAUCACAGCUAACCUGGAGGAUGCUCCAUCCACGGGAGAAUUUUUCACGUGGAAUAGGGGCUCUUUAUGGGCUAAGCUUGACAGAGUCCUGAUAAAUGAUGUAUGGGGACAGAAAGGAAUUGUGUGUAAGGCCCAUUUCUGUGAAAUGGAGGUAGAGUUUGAUCAUACGGCUUCCGUAUCUUCUAUACUCUUAAAAUCCUCUUUAAGGCCGAAACCUUUUAAAUUUUUUAAUAUGUGGAUUAAACAUAAGGAAUUUGCUAAUAUAGUGUUGCAGAAUUGGAAUGUCUUUGUUGAUGGCACAGCUCAAUACACUUUUGUUAAGAAGCUUAAGGCGCUGAAAGCACCAUUAAAGAAGCUUAAUGAAGUGGAGUUUGGGCAUAUCUCGGCAAAAGCAAAAAUGGCAAAGGAAGAAUUUAAAAGAUUGAACAAACUGAUGAUGGUCUCACCGAUGGAUGAGGAAGUCAAAGAGCAAUUGAUGAUGGCUAAGAAAAAGGCUACAUUUCUGGGAGAGGCCGAGGCUUGCUUUUUCCAACAACGGGCAAAAGCCAAGCACAUACUUGAAGCGGAUAAAGGCACGCGUUACUUUCAUGCCAUUGUGAAGAGGAAUGCUGUCCGAAAUACUAUCUCCUCGGUCACGCUCGAAGACGGUAGCCUUACUAAAUCAUUAGAUGAUGUCGCUGAUGUAUUUGUAAAUUUCUUUGUUGAUUUGUUUGGAUCUCAUGUGGAUACCCUUGACCUGGACCAUUCGGUUUUAGGUACUGGUCCUCUGAUUGAGCCAGGUGCUCAUGAUGGCCUUCUUGCUCCGAUAACAGAUAAGGAAAUUAAAGAUGCCUUGUUCGAUAUCGGGGAUGAUAAGGCACCAGGACCUGAUGGGUUCUCCUCAGCUUUCUUUAAAGCCAACUGGAGCAUUGUAGGGAAGGACAUGGUGCGGGCUAUUAAGGAGUUUUUUCGAACGGGGAAAAUGCUUAAACAGAUCAACCAUACUGUGAUAGCACUUAUCCCUAAGACUAGUCACUCCCCAAAAGCCUCGGACUAUCGACCCAUUUCUUGCACGAAUGUCUUAUACAAGGUUAUUACAAAAAUUAUUGCGGCUAGACUGACCCCUUGCCUGUCAAGGUUGGUUAACCAAGCCCAGGGAGCGUUUGUGGAUGGACGCCUGAUGUUUGAUAACAUUUUCCUUGCCCAGGAACUUGUUAGAGGAUACAACAGGAAGCGGAUCUCACCACGAUGUAUGAUUAUGGUGGAUCUGCGUAAGGCCUAUGACACCAUAUCUUGGGAUUUCCUUCGAAAUGUUUUGGUGGGUUUGGGUUUUCCGACUCGAUUUAUAGAAUGGAUCAUGGAGUGUGUAUCCACUUCAUCCUAUUCGGUCUCCCUUAAUGGUUCCUUGUAUGGUUUUUUUAACGGCAAGCGUGGCAUACGACAAGGGGAUCCAAUGUCCCCUUUGCUUUUCGUUUUGUGCCUUGAGUAUUUCUCCCGGUUACUCACUGUGAGAACCAAAGGAGGGGGUUUUAAUUUCCAUCCCCAAUGCUCGUCCCUUGGUAUUACAUAGGGAUGGACUGGGCCGGGCCGAACCGGCCCGGAACCGGACCGGCCCGCUACUGUGCGGGCCCGGACCGGACCGGGCCCGGUUGGCCGGUUCCGGGCUUUUAGCCCGUGUUGGCGGGUCGGGCGGGCCGGUUCCGGGCCCUAUUUUUGUUGAACCGGCCCGGGCGGUUCGGGCCGGGCCCGGUUCAUUUUUUUUUUUUUUUUUUGGUUUUUUCAAUUUUUUUUCUUUUCCUAGGGUAGGGCUGGGUGUUUUAGGGAGGUUUGGGGCAUGGGGGUGAGGGGGGGGGGGGUAGGGAGAUAACAAGAAAGUAAAAAAAAAAAAAACAUUGAACCGGGCCCGGCCCGGCCCGGCCCGGUUAGGCCCGGACCCGGUAUCAACCCGGGCCGGUUCCGGGCCCAUGUCACCCGAAAAAAAAGCCCGCCCGGGCCCGGCCCGGAACCGGAACCGGCCCGGCCCGGGUCCAUCCCUACAGAUGAUCUAAUGCUCUUCUCGAGAGGUGACACAUAUUCUAUACGAAUAUUAGUCAAUGCUCUCAAAGAGUUUGGGGAUGUAUCUGGGCUAAGAGUUAACCAUGACAAAUCCAAUAUCUUCAUUGGUGGGGUGAGGGACUUGGAAUUGCAAAAUAUCUUGGGCCUCGUAGACUAUGGGCAAGGCACGUUCCCGGUUCGAUACCUUGGAAUUCCCCUUGCCCCUUUAAAAGUCUCGGUUGCACAAUACGCACCAUUAAUCUCCAUGAUUCAAGACUUCCUUAACGCUUGGAACACAAAGACAAUAUCCUAUGCCGGGAAGAUUGAGCUAAUUCGAUCCGUAAUCCAAGGGGUUCAAUCGUUUUGGCUCCAAGUCUUUCCGGUUCCCCAAACGAUUUUGGAUAGGAUUGUGUCCAUUUGUAGGAUUUUUUUGUGGGGUGGAAAGUUCGCGAAAGUUGCGUGGGAUGAUAUAUGCUUACCAAAAGCGGAAGGUGGGCUUGGGAUCCAUAAUGCUAAAAUUUGGAAUCACGCCCUCCUCUCACGUGUUAUUUGGGACGUACAUAAUAAAAAGGAUACCUUAUGGGUAAAGUGGGUUAACGGUGUCUAUCUUAAAGGUAGGAGUGUGUGGGAUUUUAUCCCACAUAGCCGAGACUCUCAGCUCAUGAAGCGGAUGAGUCUUAUCCGGGACAAAUUGAGAGGUUGUUUUAAUAAUUUGAACGACACUAUCUUGGGCCUCAAUUCGAGGGCCAUAAAUGGAAAGUUAAUCUCGGGCAAGGUGUAUGAGCUGCUAAGGGUAAAAGGUGAGACUAGGACUACGAUGAGCUUCAUUUGGAAGUCCUACAUCCCCCCUAAAUUCUCAUUCAAUGUGUGGUUGGCUUUACGAAACCGGCUUCCUACCCAGGAUAGCCUCGGUUAUCUGCAUAUAGUAAAUAGAUGUGACUUAUGCAAGGGUGGUUUGGAAACAAUACCACACCUCUUUUUCCAAUGUCCUUUUGCAUGUAGGGUAUGGAAAAGGAUCAGGGAAUGGAUGGGAUUUAGUCACCAAAUGACCACGCUACUCAGCUCGAUCAAAUGGAUAAUAAAGACACACAGAGGUUCGAAGCUGAAGGCCAAAGCGGCUAGACUGGCAUUCUGUGCCGCAGUCUACUACAUCUGGCACGCAAGGAACGCGGUAAGGUUUGAUGAAGUAAUGAAGAUGGAGGAGGACAUUGUUGCUAAAAUCAAGACUGUAGUAUAUCGGAUACUCUUUAGUCUCUACCCACAGGAUUUGAUUGUUUUUUGACUAGAAGGCCGCGACAUGGAUAUUACGGAUGCCGCGAUAUGGACAGAUUGCUACAUGAUUGCUUGGUGCGCUGAGGCAUAGUUAUCUUGGAUGCUGAGGCUUGGGCACUUGGGACAUCAUGACAUGGACAUAAUGGAUGCCGCAGGUCUUGGACUUUAGGCAUUGAUGUAUCUUUGAACCUCUUGAUAGGCCAAGUAUUAUACUUGGUUAUUUUGGCAUAGAAUAGAUCGAAUACAAAUCCCCUUUCACCCUCACAUUAUGUGAGGGUGGGGGAGGCGUUAGGAGAUCUAUAAUAUGUGAUGUAUAGUUUUUCUGGGUGUUAAUAUAUAUUUACAUUUCAUCCAAAAAAAAAAAUGAUACAUUCAAAUGACUACAUAAACAUGCUAUGAAGCUCACCAUUUACAUGUAAUUGCAUCUUGGCCUUGUAAUUAAAUCUUUACACAUGGAAACAUUGCCUC